GCCAGGGCUCGUGGCGGUGUUGCUUCACUCCAUCAAACAUGAGUCUCAUACAUGCAUUGGCUGCUCGCGGCUCUGUUAUUCUCGCUGAGCACAGUGCUGGCGCACACAACUUCUCGAAUGCGGUUCAGACAAUCCUUAAUAAGAUACCUCCAAACAACUCGAAGCUGACUUAUGUUUGGGAGCAGUACCUAUUUCAUUAUGUGUCGGAAGGUGGCCUCACCUACAUGGUAAUGGCGGAUGAUUCUGUUGGCCGUAGGAUGCCAUUUUCCUUCUUAGCCGAGCUGCAGCACCAGUUCAAUGCGGCCUAUUCGCAAGAUACUAUUUUUGAUGCCCCCCCGUAUGGGUUAAAUGAAUUCUCCCCUCGAAUUGGCGAGCUUAUGCAUCAGUUUACCACAUCCCCUCCUACCGAUGUCCUUACUCAAACUCGAGAAGAGUUGAACCAGGUCCGAGAUAUUAUGGUGCAUAAUGUUGAGCAAAUUUUGAGUCGUGGAGAGAGGAUAGAGUUGCUGGUCGAUAAGACGGAUAACCUAAGCGGUCAAGCGUGGGCGUUUAGAAGAGGGGCAAGGGAUGUCCGUCGGCGUGAGUUUUGGAAAAACCAGAGAAUCUUGGCUCUCAGCAUAUUCGUUGGAUUGUUGCUGCUUUAUAUCAUAGUUGCUCAGUUCUGUGGUGCCGGUCUCAACAGAUGCUCUAGCUAA